CUCCAUCCCAGCUCAGUGGCUGAGAUCUGGGGAGGAUAUGGAUGGCUUCUGGGGCUGAAAUCCUGACCAGCAGCAUGGGAUUGAACCCUCCAGCAUCCACAUUUUUGACCUAUGGGCCCUGCCUGCCACACAGACAGUGAUGUGAGACCCGCACUGGCAGCUUUGGGAGCUCCAUCCCUUUUCUCAGCUUUGACAGCUCUGUCCCUUUGCCCCAGCUACGACAGAGGGGCCACGGUGGCCGGUGUGGUGGGCGUCGGGCGGCUGAUCACGGAGUCCCAACACAGCUUGACUAGCCCAUGGCUGGCCUGGGCUCAGUGUUGGCUCCACUCAAGGUGCUCUGUCCUUGCUGCUGCCCCUUUAGCGGGGCUGAUCCCCCCAGAUGCCACCCUGUACUUUGAUGUGGUCAUGCUGGACAUCUGGAACAAGAAUGACAAGCUGCAGAUCACCACCCUGUCCAAACCCGAGCGCUGCAACCGCACCGUGGAGAACUCGGACUUUGUGCGGUACCACUACAAUGGCACCCUGCUGGAUGGGACCCCCUUCGACUCCAGCUACAGCAAGGGCAGCACCUAUGACACCUACGUGGGCACAGGGUGGCUGAUCAAGGGCAUGGACCAGGGGCUGCUGGGGAUGUGCGCUGGGGAGAAGAGGAGCAUCAUCAUCCCCCCGUUCCUGGCCUAUGGGGAGAAGGGCUACGGGACUGUGAUCCCGCCGCAGGCGUCGCUGGUUUUCAGCGUGCUGCUGGUGGAUUUCCACAACCCCAAGGAUGGCGUCUUCCUGGAGCACCUGGAGGUGCCAGAGACCUGCAAGCGCCGGGCUGUGACCGGGGACUUUGUCCGCUACCACUACAACGGGACACUCAUGGAUGGGACCCUCUUUGACUCCAGUUACUCCCGCAAUCAGACCUACAACACCUACAUUGGCAAGGGCUACAUCAUCCCUGGCAUGGAUCAGGGGCUGCAGGGCGUCUGCAUUGGGGAGCACCGGCGAGUGGUCAUCCCCCCACACCUGGCCUACGGGGAGAACGGCGCAGGGGAUAAAAUUCCCGGCUCAGCCGUGCUCAUCUUUGACGUCCACAUCAUCGAUUUCCACAACCCCGCGGACCCGGUGGAGAUCGAGACCGUGUUCCGGCCCGAGGGCUGCAAUGUCACCAGCCGCCACCGCGACUUCGUGCGCUACCACUACAACUGCUCCCUGCUGGAUGGCACCCGGCUCUUCUCCUCGGGAGAUGUGUGCAAAGCAAACUGGGUGGUCCCGCCUUGCUGGGCUGGGCUCCAUCCAUCCUGCCGGGGCUGUGGGGCUCAGGGCUUUGCCUGUGCUGUGUUUCCAGCCCGGGGCGUGCCUGGCAGCGCCGUGCUGCGCUUCGAGGUGGAGCUGAUCUCCAUGGAGGAGGGCGUUCCUGAGGGCUACCUCUUCAUCUGGCACGGGGAGCCACCGGCCAACCUGUACGAGCAGAUGGACCUCAACAAGGACAGGGAGAUCCCUGCUGAAGAGUUCUCCACCUUCAUCAAGAGCCAGGUGGCAGAGGGGAAAGGCCGCCUGAUGCCCAGCUCUGACCCGGAGAAAGUCAUUGCUGACAUGUUCCAGAACCAGGACCGCAACCAGGACGGGAAGAUCACGCCCGAGGAGCUGAAGCUCAAGUCGGAUGAGGACCAGGAGAAGAUUCACGAGGAGCUCUGAGGGGCAGCCCCUGCUGUUCUGGAGACAGGACUCACCCUUGCCAUGUCAUGGCUGCUCUCCCACCCUGGGAUCUGCCCCUCUCCAUCCUGCAGGGGGUUGGGGUUUGAUUUUCACCUCCCCAGGAUCUGCCCCUGCCCCAUCCCAUCCUGCAGGGGGUUGGGUUUUGAUUUUCACCUCUUUUUAACUGAAGGUAUUUUGAUGUCUUCUCCUGAGCAGGAAAACUCAGCCCCCAGCUAAUAAAUCCAGACAAGAAGAUGUCCCCUCCCUAAGCCCCUUCACCUCCCACCAGUGACUGCAGGUGCAGCUCCAGCCCCUCACCUGGCUGUGCUGUAGGGGGGGAUCCCCCUCAUCUCCAUCACUUUUUUGUAGUUUAGGGUUGGGAAUUGGAUUUUUUUAUAUACACAUUUAAAAUUCUUUAGAGAGAAGGAAGGAAAGGCUUUGUCCCAUUCUCUGCUCUGCCCCUGCUGCCAUCCUCCCUGGGACAGGAGGCUGAAGAGGGCUCAGGUUCCCAGGGUGAACUCUGCAGGCAUCUGCUGUCCCCAAAAUCUGCAACUGUGGGGCCUGGCAAAGCCCUCAUCAGCUGGGAGAAGGGAACAGCCCCCAUUGCCCAGCCCUCAGGGAGCAGCACUGUCCCCUUCACACCCUCCCACCUCCCCAGGGACUGAGACACAUCAGAGCUGUUUAAUUUCAAUGCCCAAAUGCAGGUCACGGUGCUCAGGUCCUGCUGCUGGGACCAGCACAGCUCCCAAAACCUCUGCAGUCUGUCCUGGGCAGGGACAGGAGGAAUGCAGGAGCAUUGUGCAGAGUGAACCCCUCAAACAGGGACUCUGCCUUGCACCAAAUAAAUCAUUCCUCCAGGUUUCCAAGGAGUUUGACUGUGUUUGGUAACUUUGCCACGAUGAAACCAUUCCCACGUGUUGGGGUACAGGCACAGGGACCGGCUUAACCCAGGGGGAUUCCAGGCUCCAACAUCCGCUGGUUCUGGCAGAAAAAACCAAAAUUCCCACCUGGGAUCCUCCACCAAAGCCAACAGGGG